UGUUCCUCGCACGAAUUUCGUACGCGUUGGAUAUUUCUUCCCCAAGCCACGACACUUUUUAGACUGUAGUCAAGCCCAGUACUGACCUGCACAUGCGUAUUGGUCUAAUGCGACUUGUGUGUGCAUCUUCAGUGCGCCGAAGGUAGUUUAGUACAUAUCACCGAAAUGUUGCAUUCUACUCAGUGUAAACACAUGCGUAUCUUUCAUGCUUACAGGGAAUACCAUCACUAUUGAAGAAGCUAUAGAGAAAAUGGGUUUUGGACCAUUCCAGAUUCUUAUAACUGUCUUCAGUGGAUUGCUCUGGCUUGCUGAUGCAAUGGAGCUUAUGAUAUUAUCAGUUCUAGCUCCUGCUGUACAGUGUCAGUGGGGAUUAAGCCAUGCAGAAGCAGCUACAAUAACAUCUGUGGUAUUUGUAGGCUUUCUCCUGGGUGGAUUGAUCUGGGGAGUAAUCUCAGAUAUAAUUGGAAGGAAAAGUGUAAGCAUAUUUUUUACAGUUUGAGGUGUCCAUAGUACUAUAAAACAUCAACCAUUAUGGUGGUCAUUUUACAACACUAAAGUGCAAACCCUCGGCGAACUGCACAUGCGCGGUACCGCUAAUUGAUGGCUUGGGCCAAGAGUAUGCGUUUACUCGUGGUUUGCUGCUAGUAGCUCGUGGAGAGCUUGACACGGGCUAGUAGGUAGCAUGAGAGAGUCAUUACACGGCCUCCGUUGUGACUUCUUGUGCCUCCAAGGUACACAGAGCAAGCGGACCCGGUCGAGGUAAGCCUAUGCUAAUUUGUAUAUUGGCUCGUUCACUUGACAACUUUCGAACACAGCAUUUUAACCAAAAUCGCGUGGCACAGUGUGGCACUGAACCCGUUGGUAUCUAUUUUUAGCUGGGUUUUGCACAUAGCGGCAGAAAACGUGGUAACAGACGGACGGACAGACGGAAUGACAAACCAAGUACUAUAACCCUCGCUGUGCAUGCGCGCCGAGGGUUAACAUGAUUAUGUGUCCAGCUUUAUGCCACACAAAGUUUGCAGAAGUAUGUACGCAGUUUGUGCACAAACAUGGGGCUUCUACAAUACAAAAUGUAAUAUGGCAAUACGGUAGGUACUUAGCUUAUCGAUGUCAAAGGCCUAGUUAACCGUCGGCGCGCAUGCGCAGCGAGGGUUACGGUACUUGGUUUGUAUGCCACGCCUUCUCGGGAGAAGAGAAGGCCUGGUGAACUGCCUAUAAGCCACUUGUUCCUCAGGAAUGUUUGUCACGUUAUCAUGAGCC